AUGGAGGGCGAAGCGGGCGACCCGUACCGGCGACCCGCGCGGCGCACACAGUGGCUGCUGAGCGCCUUGGCUCACCACUAUGGGCUAGACCGCGGCGUGGAGAACGAGAUCGUGGUGCUGGCUACCGGUCUGGACCAGUAUCUGCAGGAGGUCUUCCACCAUCUGGACUGCCGGGGCGCCGGCCGCUUGCCGCGCGCCGACUUUCGCGCACUAUGUGCGGUACUGGGGCUGAACGCCGACGGGGAGGCGACCACCGAGGACGCAAAUUCCGCGGAGGCAGCCGCUAAGAACCAGGCUGCUGGAAUAGUCGCUGGCGGGGACGCGGACGCCAGGGAAGAGGCGCGCCUGGCUCUGCGCGCCGACCCUCCCGAACUCACUUUCCGCCAGUUCCACGCACGCCUCUGCGGCUACUUCAGUACCCGAGCGGGGCCCCGGCUGCCCCGAGGAGCUCUCAGCGAGCACAUCGAGACGCAGAUCCGCCUCCGCCGCCCGCGCCGCCGCCGCCGCCGGCCUGACUCGCCGAGCCUGCACGGAGGCGCCAAUGGAGAGCGUGUGGCACAUCUGGAGGAGGAAAACAGCAGCCUACGCGAGCUGGUGGAGGACCUGCGUGCCGCGCUGCAGAGCAGUGACGCGCGCUGCCUGGCCCUGCAGGUAGGUCUCUGGAAGAGCCAGUCGGACAUCCCGGAAGCAGCAGCGCACAAGCUGCAGCGGGCACAGGGUGCGCUGGCAGAGGCAGAAGCGCGCGCCCGGCGGCUGCAGCGGGGACAGGUGGAGGUGCGGCUGCGCACCGAGGAGGCCCGGCAGGCGGUGCGGCGCAGCUUGCACCGAGUGCGGGAACUGGAGGCACUGGCGCGGCGCGUUCCUCGCUUGCAGCGCCAGGUGCAGCGACUGGAGGCGGAGCUUAGACGUUACAGGUCGGAGAAACCUCAGCUCCUAAACCCCUCACAAGCCAGUGUACAGCCAGGAAACAACAAUGGUGAUCCUGUGACUAGAGGAACCAGAGCUGAGGACACCAAUCCAGGGGGAGCCCAGCAGCCAGACGCCAGCUUAAGGAGCAAGGACACAGAUGGAGCAGAAGAAGAGCAGCUGUUCCGCUCUGUGGAAGGCCAGGCCGCCUCUGAGGAGGAAGAAGAAGAAGAAGACGGGUGGCGGGGAAAGUCAAGGCCUCCACAGGCCCAUGUCGAGUCACCUCUGGUACAGCCCUCAGGCUGUGUGAGUAGGUGUGAUGAGCAGACAGCUGAGACGCUCAAGACUUCUUUUGGCCACUGUGAUGGUGCCGACCACAUCUGCACCCUGGAGCUGGAGACCCAUGUCAACAAGCUUGGGGAACAACUGCAGGCCCUGGGCUGCAGUGGAAAGAUGCUGCGAACACCGGAGGAGGAGGAGGCAGAACUGCAGCAGAUAGAGACGGAGCAUCUGAGGCUGGAGCUGCAGAUGGUGGAGACAGAGCGGGUACGGCUGUCGCUGCUGGAGGAGAAACUGGUGGAUGUGCUACAACUCCUGCAGAGGCUCCGGGACCUGAACAUAUCAAAAAGAGCCCUGGGGAAGAUUUUGCUGACUGCCCUGGACCGGAAUCCCUCACAGGAGGGUACACGUGGCACCUUGGCCAUCCUGGACACCUUGCACCAAGCCUUGGUUGGCUGUGAGCUCCUGCAGAGAAAUCCCUCAGCACCAGCGUCCACAGCUGCUGCGCACACGAACCCCUUCCUCAUCUCCUGCUGAGCUCACUGGUCCAGUCACGGGCCACCGUGGUCAUUCCAGCCGUCAUCAGAUCAGCCUUGGCCACAACCAGACUUGCCUCCAUGGUCAACCUGACAACCACGGGACUAGCAUUGGCAGUCACUGGACCAACCCUCACGGUCAGAUUGACUGCAUCACAGUAGCCUCCUCAGUCAUCCUAGGCACUGUCAGUCCAGCCUCCGUGGUCAGCCUGGUCACCGUCAGACUGUCUUCCGCCGUCUGAACACUCUCACAAGUGGUUUGACUGCUGCCACUUCCUCAGAACUCUGGCAGCCAAGGCUCCUUCCCAAACUGGGUCGAGCAGCUACUCCUCUCUUGAGUCUCUCACAUUCUCACAGAAGCCCCACACUGAAACCCUACAGUUGUAAGAUCAGCCUGAACCUGAGGCUGCUGGGCACAGUACACAGCAUGUUCCAGAACCUCUGCCCUGCUUGCUCCAGCUGACUGACCUGUGUUAUUUGGCCUGUUCAGGAAGGGCCAGUUCUGCACCCCAAUCCCUGCACCCUGAUCACUGCACCCCGAUCCCUGCACCCCAUCACUGCACCCCAUGUCACUAAAGGCUCAGCUCCUGGAAUUCCUCACCCAGCACAUGGAGUCAGCCUUUAGCAGAAGACGAUCAGACUGAAGAGACAAGCCAUCCCUGGUUGUCUCAGCAAGCCAGGAAGCAUCAGACUGGGAAUUUGAAACAACCAGUUACCUGGCAGUGCUAAUGGAAGAGGCCAACAGCAUGAAGACCAGAAGAGUAGCAAGCAGAGGAUAUGUGUUCCGUGGAAGAGUCAGGAAUUGCUAGGAAUCAAACCAGCUGCACAGAAUGAAGAACACUCUGGUAGGCUCAGAGAUCGCUGUCAGAGAUGAGGAGAGCCUAAGGGUAUGUCUUACAAACUUCUAAAGAUGAAAAGACUAGGAACAGGGAGCAGAAAAUACAAGAAUUGUUGGAUAACUA